AUGGAAAUGAUGCCCUUCAAACAAAGAAAAUGUCUUGCCACAAGAAAAGAUGAAGUGUGUAAUAUCCGGACCAAAUUCCCAAAUAAACUUCCUGUAAUUGUUGAGCGAUAUGUCCGAGAAAAAUCCCUGCCUCUUUUGAACAAGACAAAGUUCCUGGUUCCCUUUGAGUUCACGUUGGGUCAGUUCCUCUGUCUUCUCAGAAAUAAAAUCGAUCUGGAGUCGACACAGGCCCUGUUUCUGUUGGUGGCGGAGAAGAGCAUGUCUUGUAUGUCAUCGAGUAUGGGUGACAUCUAUUCCCAGUACAGCGACCAAGACGGCUUCCUCUACAUCACCUACGCGUCGCAAGAGGUCUUCGGAGCGCCCCAAACACCGGAGCGGCCGUGCUGA